AUCAAGUACCGGAUCACGGCCCGGCGCGAGGGGGACGUGGCCUCCUGCUACGCUGACCCCGCGCUGGCCGAGCGGGAGCUGGGCUGGAAAGCUGCCUUUGGCCUGGACAAGAUGUGUGAGGACCUGUGGCGGUGGCAGCUGCAGAACCCCACGGGCUUCAGCAAGAACUGAGCUGUGACCGAGGGCUGGCUGAGCCCAGGAUGCUGUGAGCCAGCCCUGCCUCCUUCCCCCAGGGCUGUCACUGUCCUGGGAGGGCAUUUCCAGCUCCCCUCCUGCCUCUGGCACGGGGCAGGAAGGCUGGAGCAUCCUCAGCCUCCUCCCUCCUCAUCCUCAUCCCCCAGGUCUUUGCAUCUCACAGAGCAGAACCACAACGAGCAGAGAACAGGCCCAGGCAUGGAACCCCCAUGGGAACCCCCAGGGGCUGCAGCCAGCCCGGGCUGGGAGCUCCUGGGCCCUCCCUGGGCCAGCAGAGUCCUGCUGAGCCCAAACUGUUCCCUCCUGCCCCACCUGGCUCAGGGGGAGCCCAAGGCCCCUCUGCCCCUGCCCUGGCACAGAGAAGGCAUCAGGAACCUCCCACAGGGACCACUCACAUUCCAAGGCUUCCUCCACUCCCCCCCUUUACCCCCAGCAUGGUUUUGGGGACCAUAUCUCAUCUCCCCCCUCUCCUGCUGAGCUGGAGAAGCCCCUGCCCAGGGCUGUGCCAGCCUGGCUGCCCACAGUACCCUGGGUGCCCGCUCUGGGCUCCUGUGGCAGCCACUCCCCACAGCCCCAGGCUGCCAAAGGCUGCCAGGAGCCAGCCCUGCCCUCCUGUCCCACACUGCUCCUGUUUAUUCCUGGCAGCUCCCAGGGCAGGGAUGACGCAGCCGGCCCCGUGUGCUGUCGGCUGGAUGAAUAACUUAUGAAUUGAGCUUUUGAUUUGUUUUUAAAAUAAACUUUCCUACUUUCUAAGUGGCA